AUGUUCUUCACCGAACCAAAAAACUUUUACGAAGCUAUCAAACCACUCAGUUACUUCAACUGGUUCGUAGGUUUAGGCGUUUUCCGAAAGCCGAAUCAGAGCAACCUGUCGUUUUUGUACAUGCGACUACAGAUGGUGAUUUUUAAUCUGAUAAACUGGACUAUGGUUUACACUGGUUUAAUCAUAGUCAUCCAAACUGAAGAUACUAACAACGAUGGGCCGCCGAUGGCUCGAACAAUGUACCGAGUACUGAUUUGUGCUAAUUCUUGUCUCGUCGUUCUCGCUCCUCUUUCAGCAUGGCUCCAGCUAAAGGAAGUGAAGCGUGUAAUAAUACAGAUGGAAAGUUUGGAUGUCACGUUGCAAACUACCCUUGGGAUUAAAACCAAUUACAAAGGAAUCUACAUUCGUCUAAAUUGUGAAGUAAUUGUCGGCGUUCUAUUCAUGUUCGCCGUCAGCACUGUGGAUUUUCUCGUGAGCCCGAGUUAUGGUCAGUCACUGAUGACUGUUCUGAGUGUUUCGGCAACACAGCAUCAACCAAUAAUAGCUAUUUUUUUGCUGGGUUUGAACUUCUGCACCUCCUUAAGAUACGUGAAAAGCAAAUUUCGAGAUUUGAAUAACGGUCUGCAGGAAUUGGCAGCUGGACAAUCUGCCACUUCUUGCUAUUCUAGUGAAAAACUAUUUGUCACAUCUCAGAAUAUUGCGAACACCAUACCCAUAGGUGGGAAAAAGGUGCAAGUUAAAAGCUUGAAAAACGACCAGCUUCGAUUACUACGAGAGAUUCGAAAAAUUCACUGGGAGCUGAGCAAGUUGGCUAUAAAGAUAAACAGCGUGUACGGGGUACAAAACUUAAUCACCAUGGGAUUGUCAUUUGUAAUGAUCACUGGAUUACUGUACACUAUUUACUGUACAGUUAUGUGGGAAAGUGCAACAAUCGAAACGUUCCGGAACAUAAUCCCGUCGACGACGUGGGCUAUCAUUUAUGCUUUUCAAAUUGUGAUUAUCAGUCAUUCAUGUUGGAGCACCACCAACGAGGCUCAGCGAACUGGCGAAGUUAUCUAUGAAUUCUUCAUACCAAAACUACAAGAUGAAAAUAUGCAGAAAGAGAUUCAAGAAUUUUCAGUACAGAUGCUUCAGAAUCCGGUACGGUUCAAUGCCUGCGGAUUCUUCGAUAUGGAUUACACUUAUAUUCAAGGUGUGAUUGGAUCGGUGACGACAUACCUAGUAAUCCUCAUCCAGAUGAGUCAGCUAUCGCAAUCCAGUACUUCCAAUCCACCUGCAAACGAAACUGGAGGUUGAGAAAAUUAAUGUCUACAAUUUAAUACUAUUAACUCACAGCUGAUUACUUCCACUUGUUACAUCCGUUAUUGAGUAUCGAUCUUAGUUGGGUUCUUUCGCUCUUAAAUUAGCUACAACUGAAGGUUUGUUGUGAUUCGAUAUGAUCUUGAUUUAGUCGAAAUGUUGUAGGAUAUUGAUUGAUGGUUA